AUGACGGCAGAGACUACUAGCACUGCUGCUCCUACUUCUCCCAUUGCCCCGACCUCUCCACCUGCAAAGCGACUCAAGACCGACUCUGCUGCCACCAUGGAGUCCACCGCCAGCUCGUCCUCUAAUGGCGCUGCCCAAAAGCAGCAGCAGGACCAGCCGGGCCCCCUCCUGAUCAAGAAACUGUCAGACAAGGCCCGCCUGCCCACGCGGGGCAGCGCUCUUGCAGCCGGGUAUGACCUGUACGCCGCUCAUGACACGGUUAUUCCGGCCCGAGGCAAGGCUCUGGUUGAGACAGAUAUCAGCAUGGCAGUGCCGCUGGGAACCUACGGCCGCAUUGCCCCUCGUUCUGGUCUCGCUGCCAAGAACUUCAUCGAUACAGGAGCCGGUGUCAUUGAUGCCGACUACCGCGGCCCUGUCAAGGUCCUUUUGUUCAACCAUAGCGAGACCGACUUCCAGGUCAAGGAGGGCGACCGCAUUGCCCAGCUUGUGCUCGAGCGCAUCUACACUCCUGAAGUUGUGGAAGUGCAAGAGCUUGAUGAGAGUGAGCGGGGUGCUGGUGGCUUUGGCAGCACAGGCAUCAACUAA